AUAAACAUUUGUGCCAAACAUAAGUAAUACAAAUGAGUCAUGCGGAAUGAUUUUUCUCCUAUUUAAAUUCAAUUAAAUACUGUAGCUGUUCCACAAUGAAACGUAAUGAUUCACACAGGGAGGAUUAUCUCACAUAAAAUGCUGCCCCCUAGUGUUACAUAGCAGUCAAUGCAUGCCCUCUCGUGGUUGGUGGUUAUCGGUUGACGUGCCUAUGAAACAGCCAAUCGAGAAGCAGAGCACCGUAACGCGAUCUAUUGUAUAUUUACACAUUUCCUGUUUUCCUUAGCGAGCAGAUCUGUCAAUAAAACGCUGACUAUUCAGGAGGCAGCUUCAUUCCUAGAUGACCUAUGCUGGACCAGAGCCAAGAGGACUGACCCAGUCUCUAGAGGUUGUCCUGACUGACCCAGUCUCCAGAGGUUGUCCUGACUGACCCAGUCUCCAGAGGUUGUCCUGACUGACCCAGUCUCCAGAGGUUGUCCUGACUGACCCAGUCUCCAGAGGUUGUCCUGACUGACCCAGUCUCCAGAGGUUUAACUCUCUCCUGUCUCUGGUGUGAGCUGACGCAUGUCGCGGAUCAGGAGCACGCUCAACACUGUUACUAAAGCAGUAAGUGGCAGCGACCUCCUCUCCAAGAUCUCCCGCCUUAAGCCCAGUGCCGCAGCCGCCCAUGCAGAGAAGGUACUGGCCGAAGCGGAGCCUCUGACUCCAUCUCCAACUCCGGCAGCUAGUGACCCUUCAGCUGCUGCAAUAGACAUGAAGCCACCAGAGCAGGAUCAGACAGUAGGACAGGACCAGAACAAUGGAGAGGAGGGGAAGGAGAAUCAGCCACUUCAGCCUUUAGAGAAACCCUUCAUGGCCAACGUCAAGCCCAAACAGAGCCUCGCUGCGUCAGUGGCUAACUCCGCCGCAUCAGUGGCUAUAUCCACCGCUAGCUCCUCGUCAGCCAUUGCCAAGCAGACGUUACAGCUGUUCCAACCAGAGGCCCUGUCCACCAACAUGGACGAGACAUACAGCACCCUGUCUCAACACGUCAACGACUACUUUGGGAGUUGUAGUAGUCUAUCAACAGGAGAUGACAAGAAGCCUCACCAUAUAAAUGUCAAUGCUCAAGCAUCCACGUCCUCCAAGCCUGCUCUCAGUCUACGCUAUCAGAGUACUAAGAGCGGGGACCACAUCCCCGUUUCACUACCUGUGGCAGCUGAGACCAAGGCUAUCCAGGGCAAGGCAGCUACCCCACAACCGACUCCUCCCCUGGAGGAGGUUAGCUCAACCUCGGGUGUUCCCACCCGAGAGAGCCCUGCCACAGAUAGUACUUCCUCUGACCCAGUCACCUAUACCUCCACCCCUACCCCCACCCUAACACCCUCUAAAAAAGGUGGGUUUGGGCAGUAUCUGUCUGACCCUCGUCCCAAUGUUCAGGCAUUCUUUGGCAGCUAUAUAGCACCCUUGGUACCUAGUAAGUUCAGAGCUGAUCCCAAGAGUGUCACAGCAGCAGUUGAAGAGAAGACCACGGAGGAGGCUGUGAGGAAGCCUGGAGAGAAGAUGGAGACUGAGGAGCAGAAGAAGAAUGCUGAAGAGGGGGCCAAGAAACUACUGCUGAGCCAGAGAGAGAAGAUCAUAGCGCGGGUGAGUAUGGACAACAGGACCAGAGCCUUGGUGCAGGGCAUCCAGAAAGCCACAGACAUGAAUGUCCACACCAGCCGUGUGGAGGAGCUUAGUCUGCAUCUUCUGGAGUACCCUGAGACACGCGGUGUGGCCGUCAAGGAGAGGGUGAUCCCGUGCCUGUUGCGUCUGAGGCAGACCAGAGACCCCCGGCUCCAGGCUGCAGUGAGAGAGGCCCUGGCCCUGGUGGGAUACACAGACCCUGUGAAGGGCCAGGGUAUACGGAUCCUGGCCAUCGAUGGAGGGGGGACCAGGGGACUGGUAGCCCUGCAGACCCUACACAAACUGCAGACACUGACAGGCAAACCCAUCUACCAGCUGUUUGACUACAUCUGUGGGGUCAGCACAGGUGCCAUCCUGGCCUUCAUGUUGGGGGUGUUCCAGAUUCCUCUGGAUGAUUGUGAGGAACUCUACAGGAAGCUGGGUUCUGAUGUGUUCAAACAGAACGUGAUCGUGGGAACUGUCAAGAUGGGCUGGAGCCACGCCUUCUACGACAGCCAGAUCUGGGAGAACAUCCUCAAGGAGAGAAUGGGAGAAGGCCUCAUGGUGGAGACAGCCCGGGAUCCAAAAUGCCCAAAGGUGUCAGCAGUGAGCACCAUAGUGAACAGGGGUCUGCCUCUGAAGGCCUAUGUGUUCAGGAACUACAGCAUGCUACCAGGGGUCAGGUCCCACUACAUAGGAGACUGUAAACACAAGAUGUGGCAGGCCAUCAGAGCCUCCUCCGCCGCCCCAGGGUACUUCCAGGAGUAUACACUGGGAAAAGACCUGCACCAGGAUGGUGGUCUCCUCAUCAACAACCCCACAGCGUUGGCCAUCCAUGAGUGUAAGCUGCUGUGGCCCAACACCCCAGUGCAGUGUGUUGUCUCCCUGGGUACAGGUCGCUAUGAGACCGUCAACAAGAACAAUACCACCUCCACCAGUCUCAAAGCCAAGAUCACCAACGUCAUCAGCAGUGCCACCGACACAGAGGAGGUCCACAUCAUGCUGGACGCCCUCCUUCCACCCAACACCUACUUCCGUUUCAACCCCUACAUGAGCGAGGACAUCCCAUUGGACGAGAGCCGCCCGGAGAGGCUGACCUUCCUGCAGGAGGAAGGAACUCGCUACCUGGAGAGGAACGAAGCCAAACUGAACAAGGCAGCGUCGGUGCUGGCUCUGGAGAAGAGCGCCAUCCAGAGGCUGGCUGAAUGGUGCAAACUGAAGGCCGACAUGUACGAGGGCUUGCCCUUCAUCUCCAAACUGUAGGGGACGUUUAGAGGUGAAAGGUCAGACAGGCUGAGAGACACUCAUUUAGACUGAUUAUGAAGAUAAUAUAGGAGCCGUAAAGGUCUGACAUGUAUGAGGGCCCUUCAUCUCCAAACUGUAGGAAGCGACCUGCAGAGGUUAAAGUUCAAAAGGCACUGCAGGCGGUAGCUGCUGAGAAACUCAUUUAGACCUCAAAAUAAACAUCAUGUGCUUUGAUAUGACUAUCAGUGGAGGCUGGUGGAAUCAUCUAUAGGAGGAAAGGCUCAUUGUAAUGGUCGGAAUGGAAUAAAUGGAACUGAGUCAAACGUGGUUUCCAUGUGUUUGAUGUGUUUGGUACCGUUCCAUUGAUUCCAUUCCAGCCAUUACAAUGAUCCCAUCCUCCUACAGCUCCUCCAACCAGCCUCCUCUGGACUCCAUAUCUUCUUGAUGCAGAUCAUGUGAUAUGACUGCAGAUCAUGUGAUAUGACUGCAGAUCAUGUGAUAUGACUGCAGAUCAUGUGAUAUGACUGCGGUCCAUUUGAAUUUCUGCUGCUCAGGCAGGAUGUUGUUACCUUUGACCUGUGAGAGGUGGUACAGAAGGAUGUGUUGUAGUGUUUCUGAAAGGGGUUUGGCUGGUUGGGCUGAAGGAAUCAACCUUUUGACUGGUCCUAAAUAAAGUGCCACUGUGAUGAGAGCACACAGGCCGUGUUUACGCAGACAGGCCGUGUUUACGCAGGCAGGCCGUGUUUACGCAGGCAGGCCGUGUUUACGCAGGCAGGCCGUGUUUACGCAGACAGGCCGUGUUUACGCAGACAGGCCGUGUUUACGCAGGCAGGCCGUGUUUACGCAGGCAGGCCGUGUUUACGCAGGCAGGCCGUGUUUACUCAGGCAGGCCGUGUUUACUCAGGCAGGCCGUGUUUACGCAGACAGGCCGUGUUUACGCAGGCAGGCCGUGUUUACGCAGGCAGGCCGUGUUUACGCAGGCAGGCCGUGUUUACACAGGCAGGCCGUGUUUACGCAGGCAGGCCGUGUUCACGCAGGCAGGCCGUGUUCACGCAGGCAGGCAGGCCGUGUUUACGCAGGCAGGCCGUGUUUACGCAGGCAGGCCGUGUUCACGCAGGCAGGCCGUGUUCACGCAGGCAGGCAGGCCGUGUUCACGCAGGCAGGCAGGCCGUGUUCACGCAGGCAGGCAGGCCGUGUUUACGCAGGCAGGCAGGCCGUGUUUACGCAGGCAGGCAGGCCGUGUUUACGCAGGCAGGCAGGCCGUGUUUACGCAGGCAGGCAGGCCGUGUUUACGCAGGCAGGCAGGCCGUGUUUACGCAGGCAGGCAGGCCGUGUUUACGCAGGCAGGCAGGCCGUGUUUACGCAGGCAGGCCGUGUUUACGCAGGCAGGCAGGCCGUGUUUACGCAGGCAGGCAGGCCGUGUUUACGCAGGCAGGCAGGCCGUGUUUACACAGGCAGCCCAAUUCUAAUAUUUUGCCCCCCUAAAAAUCAGAUAUUUUGCCAAUAAUUGGGCUGCCUGUGUAAACAGCCAUAAUGGUGUGAAUGGUAGACAGGCGUAGCCAUAAUGGUGUGAAUGGUAAACAGGCGUAGCCAUAAUGGUGUGAAUGGUAGGCAGGCGUAGCCUACCAUUUACUGUUUUGAUUUAAGAGUGCAGGUUUUGCAGGGAAGCUGUUUUUGACAACGACCUACUUAACAUGUACUGGUAUGUCAGAGAUUCAGGGUCUGUUAUUAGCAACUCAUUCUAAUGUAAUUACUGUAAAUAUGAAUGUUGUAACUGACAUUGGUGUCACCUCAUUUAAAUGCUUCAAACUUGAACUAGGCAUGUAAAGUAGAAUGGUAUCAAACAUGUAAUUAUGCCUUUUUUCACAGACUAAUGAAAUCAUGCACUUUGUAAAUUGUCACAUUGUUCUUAUCUUAAGAGCUCUGUAAGGGAUAAAAUGUAAAUGGUUGGAUAGGUGGUUUUGAAUAAUAUUGAAGAGUUGAUGGUAUUCGCUUUAUAAUGAAGUUGAACCACCUAAUUCCUUUCUCCUGCAGCGGCCCUGUAGGUGGAGGGUGUAGAAUGAAAAUGUGUUGUUGAAACCGG